AAUGGUAAUAGUUGUUCCUUUGUGUGUAUGCUACUGGAAGAAAAGAAGGAAGAAACUAGAACAAAGCCAAGGCAUAGAACUAGAGAAGAUACCAGUAGAAAAACCAGCAGUUAGUUGUCCAGAUAUUAAUAAUAUAACAAAUGAUAAAGAAGCAGUCAAAAUGUCUGAAAAAGAACCUUUGUUACAUGUAACUGUAAAUGAUGAAACAGUAAACAGUGAAGAAGUAGAUAGCAAUGACAUUUUUGUGGGACCCGAUGGAGUCAUAAAGCAGUUAACAGAGGAAAUACCUAACUCCAGUGACCAGAAAACAGCUCUCAGUGUUGAAGGUUUGGAUAGUGAGGCAGUGACUGGUCAAGUCAUAAUACAGCGCGAAGAGCCAUCUCAACAAAGUGAUGUACAGAGUAUACCAUCACAUGAUUCUGCCAACUUAAACACUGCAGUAAAAACACAAAACUUUACAGUGUGUAAAGAUGAAUCUCCAGAAGUGAAAAAAAUAACUGUAGAAAAGCAGAAGAGCGAUCCAACUAACAUAAUACAAACGGCAGAGCCCUGUUCAAAUCCUAUUCAUAUAGUCCAAAUGGAAGAUCCCCCAGUUAUUUUUUUAGCUCCAGACUCUUCACCUCUGGUCUUUUCUAGUAACCCUCAGCCACCUCUGACCUUACCUAGUGACCCCCAGCCACCACAUUCUAUUGGUUCUCUAAGGAGUGAUGAAAAGUACUCACACUUGUCUCUUAGUUCUCUUGGAGAACAUGUAGUUCCACCAGACAGUGACUAUGGCACAGGAUCUUCAACAAAAAAUAAUUCCGCAACUUUAGUCUCGUUAGGAUCAUCAGGAAAUUAUACAGACUUGCAUUGGUCCUCAUUGCAAAGUAACGAGGGAAAUCUCAGACCAGGUCAGCCAAACAAGACAGUGGUCCCACCUCAGCAAGAAAGUCAACAGAACAUUAACAAUCCAAAAGUUGUUGCAAUUGUGUCACCUUUUAGAAGAGAUGAAAAAGGCACCUUGAAGAUUGUUGAUGAGGAACAGACUUAUUCCAAGACACCAUAGUUCAGGUCUGGUACAAUCAUUAGAUUUAGCUACGUAGCUUGACUUACCUACAUAGCUUUAUUUACCUACCUGGGGUAGCUUUAUUUAGCUACCAAAUCAAUUUAUUUCUACAAGAAAGCAUUUUUCUUAGGGUGUGCAGAAAAUAUGAUUUUGAUGCAGUGAUUAUUUUCAACUUUGAACUCAUCUGAAAACAACUCAUGAAAAAAUCCCUCUUGAAAAAAUGUCUUUUUCUGCGCAAUUGCAAUCAAAGUUCUGAAAGUUUUGGGGCUAUGUAUGACAAUUAGAACAGUUACUCCUUGGAUGAAAUGACUAAGAAGUCCAGCUCCGGUUAACAUGAUAAUAGGUCUGUAAUUAUUCAACACAAUGUGAAGUAAUCAUAUUCAGCCAUGCCUCACCACAUGCAUGAGAGAGGACAGUUAACCAAACAAUGGAAUUACAUGUUUUGCUCUAAAUUGUCCAAACGCAGCAAUGUAUAAACUAUCUCUGCUUUAGAAUGGAUUGUUUUUUAAGCCUCCCUAGUAUAAAUAUCAAUAGCCAUUUUAUUGCGACUUUUUGUCUCUUUCAAAUAAAAAGAAAACUUUUGAAAAGUUACAUUGAAAUAGCUAAAUAAAGCUACCUGAGGUAGGUAAAUAAAGCUACAUAGGUAAUUCUACCUACGUAGCUAAAUCUAGUGAUUGUACUGGACCUGUAGUUAGCUGUAGGUCAUCAACUUAAUAUAAACUUAUAUGUACAGAAUCUUUGAUACCUAUAUAAUGACAUUUUCUACUUGAGCUGGUGGGUAGAGGAUGAAAUCAUUCAGGGGAGCACUUAACUGGCUCGACAAAGAUUCCUGGAGGAUCAAUCUCAAACAGAUUUUGAGGGCAACAUUGAUUGUUAGCCUCCAAGGGAUGAAAUAUUGCACAAUGCAGAGCAGAUAUACAUGAUCAAUGUUCCGGAAAAGCGUUUCAAGGAUGUGUCGAUCAAACCCGCCAAAAAAUUUAAAGUUUUAAUAACUUUUAAAUGAAAUAAGAUUUUUAAUUAAUUUUUGUGUGAAAUGCUAAUAAAACAUAUAAGUCGUAAUAUUAUAGAGAAAGUAUUAAUUUCAAAUCUGUGUCCAAGUACCUUUAAUAUUAAUGUUCUACUGGUAAUUGUCAUGUUUUUUGGAAGUCAAGACAGUAUAUAUAUCAUAAUAUCACAAUUAAAUGACAUCUAAAACCAUAAAAUGUAGGAAAACUCAAUUUGACAGUCAAUAGUUAAAAUUACUGUAAAUCACUUUUUAUUCGCGAGAACUUUAUUUUCGCAUAAUUACGCAAGACUGUAUGCUCGCGAAAAAUUCAUUCUCGCGUAUAAUAGAAUUCCUUAAUAUUAUAUAGAGGGAUGACAACAGUUCGUGAAAAUUUGGUCUCGCUUAUAAAGAGUAAAG